AUGGAGAAUGAAUCAACACCACCACCAUCGAUAAUACCAAUAUUCACCCUCUUCCCCCUCCUCCCCCCAGAACUCCGCCUUAGGAUAUUCAACGAGAUACUCCUAGCAUUGGUCAACAACGAGCACGCCGCCUUGAACAAGUCAACUCCCACCACCAUCCUAAAAAUCCGCUUCUCCCAUUCCCACCAACGCUACGUAGCUAGCACAUCUCCCCCCGUAACCCUCUCCAUCUCCUCCGAAUCCCGCGCGUUCACCCUCUCCCGCUAUACCUACCUCCAGCUCGGCCCCGCCGCCUCCCACGCGCCCUUCUCCACAGCUCUCCCGCCAUCAGAAAUACCAAUCCACUACCCGACAACGACGCUCUACAUAUCCCUACGGCCGCUGAUCGGAUCGUCCGUCCAUAGUUUUCUAUACCAUCUCAGCACGUCGCCAUCGCGGCACUUGAUCCGUUCCAUCGCCGUAGAUCUGCGUAUUUGGAACCGGCUCUGCGAAGAUGGCUUUAUGGGUGUUUUGGCUGGCAUGAAGGCGCUGCGGGAGGUGAUCAUGGUGGUGGAGUACAAUCGCGAGUUUAAGGGCCAGUUGGGGUUUCUGGAUGUCCCUAACUGGAGGCAUGAUUUGUGUUGGCUUGCUAGGGGCGCGGGGAGGAGUUUGAAAGAGGAGAGGGGACGCGGGUCCUGGGGGUUUAAGGGGGAGGUAGAGGAGGCUGGCGGGGAGGUUAAAGUUAGGUGUGUUCUGUUGACGAAGGGCGGGGAGCAGGCUUGA